UGUCUGACGGCAAGGCAAAGCUGUGAAAUUAUUCUAAAUAUAGCUUACAUUUAAAAUAAUUUUGAUGUUUUUCUUUUUUUUUUUUAGGUCGGCCGUGUUUAGGUGGCUAAAAUACGCUUUGCUGCUGGUCCCGUCCACAGCAGUACAUUGCUUAGCUUCCGUGCAGGCGUCACACCAUAUUUUGAGACCCAUCAGAUUUUGUGACCUGCAGUGAUGGACGAAGUACUCAGAUCCUCCACCUAAGUAAAAGUAUCAAUACCACAAUCAGUUUUCCUGGUUCCUUGAACAUGCAUGAUAUCAGCCUUUUGGACAACAGGCUGUGGGAGGAGACAGGAGAGACAGGCGGGACUAUAAAGUGUCUGCCUCAGGAGUUCAGCCCGUAUACUUCUACUGAACAGCAGGAUCGCACAUAGUGAAGAGCCAGGCCACCUACAUAUAUACCUGUCCAAGGAACCAUGGUGAAGCGUGUUGCAGUUAUUCUCUCAGGCUGUGGAGUCUAUGAUGGCACAGAGGUCCACGAGGCCUCCGCUGUCCUCGUCCAUCUGAGUCGUGCCGGAGCAGAAGUGAAGAUGUUUGCUCCAAAUGUAGCUCAGAUGCAUGUUGUAAACCACUGUGAGGGGAAACCUACAGAGGAGAAAAGAAACGUCCUGCAAGAAAGUGCCCGUAUUGCCCGGGGUGACGUGACUGAUCUGGCCAAGUUGGAUGUUUCAGCAUUUGAUGCUGCCAUCAUCCCAGGGGGUUUUGGUGUGGCCAAGAACCUGAGUGACUGGGCAGUGAAGAAUAAGGACUGCACCGUCCAGCCACAACUGGAGAAGAUCAUCAAGGCUUUCCACAAAGCCGGAAAGCCGCUGGGCAUGUGCUGCAUCUCCCCCGUCCUCGCUGCCAAAGUCCUGCCUGGCUGCGAGCUCACUUUGGGACAGGACAAAGAGUGUGAAAAGUGGCCAUAUGCCCAGACAGCCGGGGCUGUAAAGACGAUGGGCUGCAAACAUGUGAAUACAGAUGUGGAGCAAGCUCACGUUGAUGUCAAAAAUAAGCUGGUCACCACCAGUGCCUUCAUGUGCAAUGCUCCCAUUCAUAAAGUUUUUGAUGGAGUAGGUGCCAUGGUGAGAGAGACACUUGGCUUAAGUCACUAAAGACUAUUUGUAUGUAUUGACUUUAAACCCAGUUCUCUGUGAUUUUCUAUACAAGCAUUGGGUUUAAUAUCAAGUUACACCACUUAUAUCAGAGCAUUCAUCUAAUGUUAUAUGUAUAAUGUGUUGUUUUGAGAUUUUCAAUAAAAGUUGCACUGCAAAUUA